UAAUUUAACAUUCUAGUUUACAUCCGUUUAGUUAUAUGGCAGCAAAAUUUAGUACAUUGAUAAGGUCUGCAUAAAAUACGAAAUACAUUUCAAUAAUGCAUUAUGCAAGAAACAAAUCUUAUCGGUGUGACUUUGUUUCCUCCGUGUCUGUGUGCAUCAGAACUCCGUGGGCGGACACGUUCUAGUUAGAUAACUAGAUGACAGGAUUGCUUGCUAAGCGUGUUUGCUAACCACAUUCCUUUUGUAACAGUCCGUUUAAAGGGAUUUGUCUUAUUCUAGCGAUAUUUGAUGAUUCUUUCGUUGAUAGCGUGCACAUUCUGAACUUGUGAAGAGAAACACGAGGGUGCAAUGGAUACUUUUACACAGUUUGCAAACCAGAGCCAAGGAAGGGAUCGCAUUUUCAGGGCAACACAGUAUGCAUGUGCUUUUGUUAAAUAUUUACUGCGGAAUAAGUCCGCAAGAAAAGAACUACUGAAGAAGCUCCAAACUCUAGAGUCCAACAUGAGUUCAGGAAGGAAAUUGUUCCGCCUUGGAAAUACUGUGAGCUCCGUCCAAGCGGCCAGAAGAACAAUGCAACUCUCAGACCCAGUGCUACGCCUUUGCCUUACCGUGGCCAACCUCAACCGGGCCCUCUAUUUCAUCUGCGACAACGUGUUGUGGGCAAGGACCGUCGGGCUCGUUCGUGACCUCGACAAGGAGCGCUGGAGCUUCAACGCCUCUCGUUUGUACUUCCUGUCUUUGGUCAUGAGUCUCACGCGGGAUGCCUAUGUAAUCGCGCAGAUCAUGGUGCAGAAAGCGCGAGACAGGCAGUACCAGCAGAAAGUCCACCAACACCUUAACGAACAACAAGAUGUGGCCUGCGUCAUUAUUCCGGAGCUUGACGCUUUUUUAUUCCUGUUAUACGAGAGCCUCAAAACCCACCCCCAAGUUGUUCUUGACACCUUGAAAAAUGUAUGCGACCUCUUUAUACCAAUGGACCGACUGGGUAUAUACCAGACCAAUGCUGGUGUGGUUGGGUUCUGUGGUCUUGUGUCAUCCCUUUUGGGCAUACUGUCACUCCUGAAGCCUGGUUUGAGAAUUAAACCUUGAUCGCAUGACCAUGCCUGGUGAAGAGACCACUGGGAUUUGUAGUCAAAACACUGGAGUCAAAACAAGCAUAAGACAUUCAGGUCAUAACUAAUAUUUGUCUUUCUCAGGCCUGCUGUAAUACAGUCUCGCAGUAGCUCCAGUGGACUCAACCGAUAGAGAGGGAACCAUGGAAUUAGAUUUAUUUGCAGGACUUUAGUGCUCAGAAGGUAGUGAUAGCUAGCACUGCCAGUCGUAUGCAUCUCACUGACAGGGGAAUAGAAGGUGAAAAGCUUACUGUCUUACUAGAAACAUAAGAAACCGAAAUCCGAUACUGUGAAACUUCAUAUUCAGAGACUGCACUGUAGAACUGGGUUUCCCAAACCCCUUUGUCUAUAUCUCCAUCUGAUGACUCAUUACCUGAAUUAGAUGGUGAGAUUGGUAUGUAUUUUUACACUUUCAACUUACAUGGAAAUGUGGUAAUCUUACAGAUUUCUGUAUAACCUUUUGCCGUUUAGUGCAAUAUACAUAUGUAAUAAUUUUGAUGAUCACAGUAUUACCAAGGACGAGUAAACCAAAACGGGUGAUUUCAUCUGGACCCAGUUUGGGAAACUCAUUCUGAGUGCAGCACAAUGUGUCAGUUACAUACACUGUCAUUAUUUACACUUGGGUUAUUCUGCACAGAUUCUACCUCCAGACAGCAGCAUCUUUUAUUGAUCAGCAAUAUCUUCUACAGUACCAUGGUUUGAACACUAUAACAAAUCAAUGCAACAUUUUUUCUUAUCUGACACAAUGUGUAAGUAGUUCAUCACAUCUUCUAAUGUAUGUCUUCUAAUGUAUUUAUUAUCAUCAGGAUAUUCACCAUUGUGUGGCCCCUGCUCUUGUACUCAAAGCUGUCAAAUUAACCUGUGAAACAGUGAUGCAGUAAUGUAGAUGUGCACUACUCAAAGUAAUAAACACCUACAGUAUGCAAGUGAACUGCACAAAAAUC